AUCCGUCGGGUCACACAGCAGCAGCGGCGACGCACCUUCAAUUGUAGUUUAAACUUUCCAACAAACAACUAUGAUGUGUUGUGUGACAUAUUGCCAUGCUGCGGGAAACGACGCGCCUGAUCGACUGGCCUGAUCGAUUGGCCUGAUCGAUUGGCUUCACAACGCUGUGCGUCUCAGAGGAAGCAGCAGAGAGGAGUACUCGCGUGGUGGUGCGGUUACAGCGGGCUGUUGCGGUAAGGCAACAUCAUGGAGGCUGGAUGCGCGGUUGCCGCGGUGAUCGAGAACGCUGCCUCCGGACCAGGGGGAGAAGCAGGAAGUGGUGACGUCCCUGAAGGACCUUGUGCCUCCGACGGAGCCAAAGAUGACGCCUUACCACCACCAGCUAUAACCCCCAACCCAGAGAAGACCCCCCAAGAGCUGUCCACUGCCAGGAUGGGGAGCGAUGACGUCACCGAGCCCCCCCCGGCGGCGGAGCCACUCCUGCGCUCCUGCGUGAGCACGGCCAGCAUGAAGGUCAAACACAUGAAGAAGCUCACCUUCACCAGAGGUCACUUCCCGCGGCUGGCAGAGUGCGCCCACUUCCACUACGAGAACGUGGACUUUGGCACCGUCCAGCUGUCUUUUGCAGAGGACCAAGGGGAAGGACAGAAGGCUGGCCUGGACUCUAAAGAGCUGCUGUUUCUGGUCCAGAUCGGCUGCCAGGGCCGGAGCUGGCUCGUGAAGCGGUCCUUCGAGGACUUCAGGGUGCUGGACAAGCACCUCCAUCUGUGUAUUUUCGACCGGCGUUUCUCCCAGCUAGCCGAGCUGCCUCGCCAUGAAACACUGAAGGGACCCGAUGAGUGUGUCACCAAGAUGCUGGCCGCAUACCUUUCCCAGUUCUCUGCCCUGGCUGACAACAACAUCAACUGCGGUCCGGUCUUGACGUGGAUGGAGAUCGACAACAAGGGGAACCACCUGCUGGUGUCUGAGGAGUCCUCCAUCAACGUGCCGGCCAUCGCCGCCGCCCACGUCACCAAGCGGUACACCGCCCAGGCCCCGGACGAGCUGACCUUUGAGGUGGGGGACAUUGUGUCGGUCAUCGACAUGCCCCCUAAAGAAGACACUGGCUGGUGGAGGGGGAAGCACGGCUUUCAGGUGGGCUUCUUCCCCUGCGACUGCGUGGAGCUGAUAAGUGAGAAGAUGCCCCCCACUGUGGAGAGUGCCAUGCCAAAGCCAGUGUGUAAGAAGCACGGCAAGCUGGUGACCUUCCUGCGGUCCUUCAUGAAGUCGCGGCCCCCCCCCCAGAAGCUGCGCCAGCGAGGGAUCCUGAAGGAGAGGGUGUUCGGCUGCGACCUGGGAGAGUACCUCCAUAACUCGGGAUAUGAAGUGCCCAAGGUGGUGCGGAGCUGUGCAGAGUUCAUUGAGAAGAACGGCGUGGUGGACGGCAUCUACAGACUCUCUGGGAUCUCCUCCAACAUCCAGAAACUCAGGCAUGAGUUUGACUCGGAGCAGGUGCCAGACCUCAGCCGGGACGUGUUCAGACAGGACAUCCACUCGGUGGGCUCCCUGUGCAAGCUGUACUUCAGAGAGCUGCCCAACCCGCUGCUCACCUACCAGCUGUACGAGAGGUUCUCCGACGCCGUGUCUGCCUCCACAGAUGAGGAGAGGCUGGCCAAGAUCCACAACGUCAUCCAGCAGCUGCCCCCUCCGCACUACAGGAGCCUGGAGUUCCUGAUGAGGCACCUUUCCCGCCUGGCCACCUUCAGCCCCAUCACCAACAUGCACACCAAGAACCUGGCCAUCGUCUGGGCCCCCAACCUGCUCAGGUCCAAGCAGAUCGAGUCGGCCUGCUUCAGCGGCACAGCGGCCUUCAUGGAGGUCCGCAUCCAGUCGGUGGUGGUGGAGUUCAUCCUGAACAACACGGAGAAGCUGUUCAGCUCCAAGCUCAACCCCGCCAUACGGGACGGCACAGGUAACAACACCCUCUCCAGGCCCAAGUCCCUCCUGGUGUGCUCCCCGUCCACCAAGCUCCUCUCGCUGGAGGAGGCGCAGGCCCGCACCCAGGCCCAGCUCGGCUCCCCCGCCACCACGCCCUCGCUCUCCCCCAGCGAGUACAUCGAGGUGGGCGAGGGCCCCGGGGCCCUGGGCGGCAAGUUCCACACCGUCAUCGAGCUGCCGGCGGAAAGCUGCAAACGUCUUCCCGGUAAGGGGAAGAAGUCUCCCGUGGGGAACUGGCUCUCCUUCUUUCACCUGGGAAAGUCGCACUCAGUCUCCAAACGCAAGCUGAAACGCCACCCCAGCGAGCCCAACGACAUCAAGAGUAUCCCACUGCCAGGUGGGCGGGGCCACGGCGGAACCAUACGCUCUACGAAGAGCGAGGAGUCGCUGACGUCGCUGCAUACCAUCGAGGCUCCAGCUGAGCCCUCGGCCUACCGUCCCUCGCGGCCACGCUCCACCAGCGAAGCGCUGUCCCUCUCCUGCAAGGUGGAGGAGCCGGCGACACGCGUCGACGGUCACCACGGCAACCGCCCCGCCACCACGGGGCACCGCCUGCUGCUCUCCCCGGCCCCGCCCCCGGCGGAGGAGGAGGACGACGACCUGGACGACCUCAGCCCGCCGGCGCCCGGGAGCUUCAACUUGGACUUCGACCCCAUGUCCUUCCAGUGCAGCCCGCCCGCCGCCAUCCCCGGGCCGCGGCAGCACGCCCGCCAUGACGGCGGCUCCCGGAAGGGCGUGGCCGGGGGCUCCGGGCCCCCCGUCUCCUCCCCUCCCAACGGCGUUCCGGGCCCCUCCCGCUCCCCGGACCUCCGGGGCGGGAGGAAGGCGGGCCAGCCGCCGUCGUCGCCGUCUAAACUCAGGAAGUUCGUCAAGACGCAGCGCAUCACCUCCGCCUCGGCCGCCGCCGCCGCAGCUACGACCACGCGGGCCGACGUGAUCGCUUCGUCGUCUUCCCACCGCGGCCACCAGGGGCCGCCGCCGCCGCCGGACACGCCCCCGCCGGUCCCCACCUCCUCGCCGCCGUUGGAGCGCUGCGAGGCGGGCCCCCGGGGCGCCUGCGGGGCCCGCAGCCCCCACAGCAGCCAGUCCAGCCAGGCCUCGGCCCUCACCGAGCUCAGCCAGGCCGCUCAGAGCCUGCCCGACCCAGGAGCAGAUAGACUUGUGAGUUCAGUGUCUGUGCUCCCACCCCAUCCCCCCAUGACGAGCGCCGCCCGCAAGCUAGCCCUGGCCCUGGCCGAGUCGGCGCAGAAGGCCAGCGAGGCCGCGCCCCCCCAGCGGAGGACCACCGCCUCCUCCGCCCACCACGGCCACCACCGCAGCCCCUCCUACCCGUCCCCCCCGCCCCAGCGCCCGGACGGCCCCCACCCGGCCGACAGGACCCCCCCCACGCGGCCCUCCGUCCUCCACCUGCAGGUGCAGUACUGCGGGCCCCGAGGCGGCCAGUCCGAGCGGGGCUCCCCCCAGCUCCUCUCGGACCCCCACCGCUGCCAACACCCCUCCCACCACCUGCUGCCCACGCACCGCUGUUGCAAGUCCCCGCUGCAGGAGCCCCCGGGGAGCCCCAACGCCAGCCCGCUGGGUUCCGGGGGCCCGGAGGAGGGCCGCCCCAGGAGGCGCUGCCAACGGAGGGACCGGGGCCCGCUGAGGGCCCCCACGACAGAGGAGGAGGACGAGGAGGUGGUCCGAGGGGGCCCCGGCGACGAGCGGUGGGCGGAGCCGACCUACCACAACGUGGGCGUGUCCACGCCCACCCAGUCCGCCUUCUGCGCCGCACGGAGCCCGUCCGGUGGCGGCGGCGGCGGCGCCGUCUACGCCAACAGCGACUCGGUCAACGUCUUCAACUUCAGGACCGUCCUGGCCGAGAGCCCCAUGCCCGGCUCGGUGGGGGAGGUCCUGCCCCGGCCACCCCCGCUCUCCCCCGGCCCCCGCUACGACGAGAGGACGGCCAUGGCGGUGGCGGCGGCCAUGGAGGACGUCUACGGCCGGCGCCACGGCGGCGUCCUGCCCGGCCCCCCGCGGUCGCCCCUCUACCCCCGGCCCGACGCCCUGCCCUUCCACCUGUCCCGCCCCGACGCCGCGUUCCGCCACUCCACGGAGGGCCGCUAUCCCGGCACCCUGGGGCCCAAGCACCCCUCGUCGCCCCAGUACGGCGGCCGCCCCGGCCAUGGCGGCGAGCUGCUGAUGGGCGGCGGCGGCCUCCGGGGGCCGUGGGAGCGUCCGGACGAGGGCCGCCUGCGGCACCCAGCCAUGCGGCGGGCACGCUCCUUCCACGCGCCGCAAUUCAGCCACUACGAGAUCGCCGAGGCGGAGGUGGUCCCCCCCGAGGCCCUCUACUACGUCCAGAAGCCCCCCGGCUCGGAGCCGCCGUACCGCUGGCUGCUCCAGUCGGACUUCCACCCCUCGGCGCCGUUCGAGGCUGCGCCCGCCCCGUACGGCGGCCGCUACGGCGGCCACUUCCCCGCGGACGGCCCCGCCGCCGGGGACCCGCGCUACUACGGCGAGGCCUUCCGGCCGGGGGGCAUCCGGCACAGCCAGUCCUACACCCUGCGCUCCACCGUGGAGAGCCACGCCCCCUCCCCCCACCGGGACCUCUUCCUGGACCGCAGGGAGGCGACGUUCUACGAGGCCCGGGACGCGGACUCCUUCGGGCGGAGGGUCUACCAGCCGGUCCGGGACCACAACGAGGGGAGGUACCACAGCCCCACGCCGGCCGCGCCCUACCAGCGCCCCUCGCCCCCCCCCGCGGACCCCCGCGGCCGGGAGAUCAUGCACACCAGGAGCCGCUCGGACCCCGGCAACGCCUGCCUGUUCUCCGGGGCCAGCGGCGGGGGGGACCAGCAGCGUGAGGCGUCAGUCGUCACGGUGACGGCGCUGUCGCCAGGCCACCAGGCGCCGGCGCUCCACGUCAAACCGGAGGCCGCUCAGGAGCCCCCGCAACGCAAGAGGGAGAGCGUCCACAGGCGGGGCCCGGCCCCCGAGGGGCCCCCGUCCAAGCUCCCGCAGAGGCUCCCGCCGGAUCCCCGGCGGGACCAGCCCCCGCUGCGCAAAGUCCCGUCCCUCCCCGAGAGGAGCCGGCCCCAGCCCCGACGCCAGGACCAGGGCGGGGGCGGGGGGGGGAACAGAAGCCACUCCAGGGGCCGCGAGCAUGACCGGCUGACCCUCAGCAACGCCGUCAACAGCGCCGGGGGCCCCGCCAGGUCGGGGGUCCACAGGAGGGCGGGGCGCUCGCAGAGCAUCAAGGAGAACCGCCGCCUUCACCAGGCUAACCCCCCCGGGGCCCCCCUGGGCUCCGAGCCGCAGGGGGGCCCCGGCGGCCCCGCCCCGCCACACAGAAGGACCCAGAGCACGCGGGUGCGGCCCACACGCUACGAGAACGCCGAGGGCUACUACGCCACGCCCAAGGCUAAGGCCGCGAGGGCCCCUAAAGCCGGAGCAGGGUACUUCCCCGGUCACGGCUGCAUGUCCCCCCACCGCCACAGACUGCUGUCCAAGGCCCUGGGCCAGGGGCCCUUCUACCAUGCUGGAGGGAGAUCAGAGGCAGGGGUGUACGAGUGAC